GUUGAGUAAGGGAGCGUAUUAGAGCGAGCCACGUACCAGCCUCCAACGACGACUGCAUAUGCCAAUAAGACAAGCAGAGGAAAGCGUUAUUCAGCAGUGCAUCACCUCCUGAGUCUGUGCUUUACCGGUAAACGGGAAGAGAACAGCCAAUUAAAAAGGCGUUGAGCCGCGGACUGCAGAAACCCCCACAACGAGGGGUCUGGGUUUACUUUGGGCAAGAUUUGGAGUGUCAAUCCCCUGGACGAUUCCUUUUAAAAAUCUAGAAAACAGACAUCUUUCUGGAAUACGAAUUGCUCUUUGCACAGCGCAGAAUAUUUCCAAAGGGCAUCAACCAUUGGCGUUGUCACGGUGGGCCGAGGCUUACCAUAUGAACCAGCCAUGAUGGAGGAGACGGCUGCCGAGUUCACGCUAUUUUCCCGUUUGCCAGCAGAGCUACGGUUCAAGAUAUGGGAAUCCGUGCCAAGGCCUACUCGGGUGAUUGGGAUACUACCUCCAGCUGCUCGAUGGUAUCGACACCAUUAUCGCGCUAUUGGUACUAGAACAAGUGCCGUAGUGGAAGAAAAGGACCCUCUUCAGCGCUACAAUUAUCGAUAUAUUGUGCAGCCCAAGAAACAUGCGAUAUUCCCACUGCUUCACGCAUGUCGCGAAGCCCGAGACCUUUGGAAACCACACUUUUUCCAGCCUUCCCGCCUUUACCACGCGUCAAAUAUCACUAUUCGCUUCGACACUCCUUUCAUCAGCUAUGAUACCGAUAUCUUUGCCGUUUUUGACGGAUGGCCCCCGAAUGGAAUUCCUUCGGAUGUUUUCCUAGAUCCGCGACUGGCUGACAACGGCGACCAAUCCCUGGACGGGUUUAUCGCCCUCGACCGCAGUCGAAUACGGAACCUCGCCCUAUGCGAAAUUCCGGGAGACCUCACAGGUUUCGCAAAUGCUAUUUCCAUUCGACAAUUGCCAAACUUACAAACGCUGACCAUCAUGGCUUUGGGGCCUGACGAGAAACGGAAGCCCGAAUCUCUGGCUUCUGAGGGGAGCGGCGGCGAUAUCGCUUACAGUUUACCGGUACUCGAGAUGUUGGCAGUUGAUGUGCAGCGGAUUGCUGCAGAUAUCCAUGAUAUACCUCCAGAGUUGGUUCUAAACAGUCCGUUUCUAACCGAUGCAAGAUUGCGGCAUCCUAUCGCGUUAUCGCCGAGUAUACGACCACUCAUUCGGUACAAAACGUUCGUGCUAUCUCUGCUUUGGCACGAACUCAGAGAGCCGAAUGCAGUGGGAGCGAUAACAGAAUCUUGGUGGGAAUAUACGGAAUACCUAUUUAGUAACCGCAUGGAUGACGAUGAAGAAUGUCCAUUAAAUCUUCCUGGCUGCGGUGUUCAUGGCCACACAAAGAGAGAGCUGUUGGAAUGGGCACCCAAGUUUGAGGUUAACUACAAAUUGCUAUGUGCAACCGAAUGGCGAGACGAGCUGAAAAAUAUUGGAAUUGUCAAGCCAUGAGGGAUAGACUACACACAUAUAUAGUACAAAGCAUGUUUCCCGUUGGAAGAAACUAUUUAAUACAAUUUUGAUGGAUUUUAGACCUUUACAUGGAAUUGCGCUUCACGACGAACCUCCAUUUGAACGUUCAUCUCCCGGAAUAUGAGGACUUUUCUUUCGUAUCCACACUUCAACGAUGAUCAUAAUAAACCAGGCUAGAUGGAAACGCCAAUCUCAAUUUGUCACUUAUAUACAGCAAGAUUCGCCGAGGCCCACCGUGACGCCAGAGUAAAAAAGGUUUAAAUAUAAAAGGAGAUGCAUGCUGCAAGCACGUGUAACAGAUGCCAUUCAUU